AUGGCAAGGAUUCUAGGCAUCGACCUCGGCACGACCAAUUCGGUGGCUGCGGUGAUCGAGGCCGGUGAGGCCGAUGUGGUUGAGAGCGCCGAGGGGAACCGCAUCACGCCCUCAGUGGUCGCGGUCAACGCCCGUAGCGGCGAGCGGUAUGUCGGGCAAACCGCCAAGCGACAGGCCGUUACCAACCCGGACAACACCAUCUUCUCCGUGAAGCGACUCAUGGGAAGGCGUUUCACCGACCCCGAGGUCCAGGACGCCGCCAGGCGCCUGCCCUACACCAUCGCCUCCGGCGACAACGGCGACGCCCACGUGGAGAUGGCCGGCCAGAACUACGCGCCCCCCCAGAUCUCCAGCAUGAUCCUGCAGAAGAUCCGCCAGGACGCUGAGGCCAAGCUCGGCGAGCGGAUCACCGAGGCCGUCAUCACGGUCCCGGCCUACUUCAAUGACUCCCAGCGCCAGGCCACCGUGGACGCCGGCAAGGUCGCCGGUCUGGACGUCAAGCGAAUCAUCAACGAACCCACCGCCGCCGCGUUGGCUUACGGUAUCGACCGGCAGCAGACCGACUCCAAGAUCGCGGUGUUCGACCUCGGCGGCGGCACCUUUGACGUCACCAUCCUCGACCUCGGCGCCGGGGUGUUCGAGGUACUGUCCACCAACGGGGACACCUAUCUCGGCGGCGAUGACUUCGACGAAGCCAUUUUGAACUGGCUGGUCACGGAGUUUCGCGCCGAAACCGGGAUCGACCUGGCUCAGGACCGCAUGGCCCUCCAGCGCCUCCGCGACGCCGCCGAGCGCGCCAAGAUCGAGCUGUCCAGCACCCUGGAAACGGAAAUCAACCUGCCGUUCAUCACCGCCGACGCCAGCGGCCCGCAGCACCUGGUGAAGCCCCUCAGCCGUUCUCGCCUCGAGCAGCUGGUGGCCCAGCUGGUUGACCGCACCGAGGGCCCCUGCCGGCAGGCCAUCACGGACGCCGGCGUCAGCGCGGGCAGCAUCAACGACGUCAUCCUCGUGGGCGGCAUGACGCGCAUGCCCGCGGUCCAGGCCAAGGUCCAGCAGAUUUUCGGGAAGGAACCGUCCCGUUCCGUCAAUCCGGACGAGGCGGUGGCCCUGGGCGCGGCCAUCCAGGCCGGCGUGCUGGGCGGCGAGGUGGGCGACAUCGUUCUGCUGGACGUUACCCCGCUGACCCUCGGGAUCGAAACCCUGGGCAACGUGACCACCGCGCUGAUCUCGCGCAACACCACCAUCCCCACUAAGAAGACCGAGACCUUCACCACCGCCGCCGACGGCCAGUCCAGCGUGGACAUCCACGUGCUGCAGGGCGAACGGCCCAUGUCGGCCGACAACAAGACCAUCGGCCGUUUCAUGCUGGACGGUAUUCUGCCGGCCCCGCGCGGCGUGCCGCAGAUCGAGGUCACCUUCGACAUCGAUUCCAACGGCAUCCUGAGCGUGUCCGCCCAGGACAAGGGUACCGGAAAAGAGCAGCGCAUCGUCAUCCAGACCAGCAGCGGCCUGUCCGACGAGGACAUCGAGCGCAUGAUGGGCGAAGCCGAAGCCAACGAGGAGACCGACCGGCAGCGGCGCGCCGAAAUUGAGACCCGCAACCAGGCGGACAGCCUUGCGUACUCGGCCGAGCGCCUGUUGACCGAAAACGCCGAGUCGUUGCCCGCCGACCUCAAGGCCGAGGCCGAGGGCAAGCUCGAGGCGCUCCGUUCGGCCAUCGCGGCCAACAACGUGGCCCAGAUGCAGACGGCGAUGAACGAGUUGAACGAAGCCCUGCAAAGGGUCGGCCAGGCAGUCUAUUCACAGCCCGGAUCCGGCGGCCCGGGCGCCGCUCCCGGGGAUGCCGAAACCGGUCCCGACGACACGGUGGAAGGCGAAUUCCGCGAAGUCUGA